UAUAGGAAAAAAAACUAAGGAAUUGAUCUCAGUUGCCAUGGGACAUGACAUAUAUGUAUAGUACUUGGGGCCACCUUUUCCAAUCGCCGACAAAGAAGAUGAACACCUCCGGCGCAGGCGUAGCAAUUGCCCUUGUCAUUAUGCUGAGCUUUCUGCCUCUGAAUCAAUCCCAAGCGAACCUGGUGGAACAAACGUGCCAGAAGGUCCAGUAUCACGACCUCUGCGUCUCAGCUUUAAGGUCGGACGGCCGGAGCUCCAGCGCGGAUGUGAAAGGGCUUGCUGCCAUCAUGCUACAAUUGGUGAAAGCCAACGGCACUGAUAUUCUCGCAGAAGUGAACACGAUGCUCCCUAAUGCCACCGACGAUGUGACCAAGAAGUGUCUGGGGUUGUGUCGUGACAAGUUUGGUGAAGCUCUUAAUGGAUUGAUCCCGGAAGCCAUGGCCAAACUGCAAUCGGGAUCCAAACAUGAGGCCAUGCUCGUAACAAUUGAAGUCGGCGAAAGUGCAAUUGAAUGUGAUUCUUGCUUCAGUAAUGGGCGAUUUGGACCGUCCCGUGGUCCUCCGCCGUUCAGCGACAAGAAUCAUGUUUACUUUUACCUUGCUACUGUGGCCAAAGACAUCAUUGGACUCAGUUGAUGGUUCUGGAAUUGGGUCUUAAUUUUUAGGAAAAUAUUUGAGAAAUAAAGGUGGAGGAAUUGGGUCUUUGCUUCUAUUAGAAUUCGAGUUUUACAGACAGAGACUGUCUUUUUCUUUCUUUCUUUCUAUGUAACAUCGUCAAAGUUGAUAGAGAAAUUUAAUAUGAUUUUAUGAAUUAAUGUUGUUUA